AUGCCAUUUGGUCGGACAAGUGCACCCGAAGAGUUUCAACGACGCCAACAUCGUGUUAUAGAGAAUCUUCCAGGAGUGGUAGCAAUUCACGAUGACAUCCUGGUGAUUGGCAACGGUGCUACGCGUGAAGAAGCACAGCGAGAUCAUGAUGUGAAAGUUCAUGCAUUAAUGCGUCGAUGUCGUGGGAAGAACACCACGUUGAAUGCAGAUAAAGUCAAACUGAGUUGUAAUGAAGACGAAGGACUGAAGCCUGAUCCAGACAAGGUGAGAGCAAUCUUAGAAAUGUCUAAGUCAACAGAUGUAGCUGCAGUUCGUAGAUUGAUUGGUUUUGUGAACUAUUUACAAAGAUUCUUGCCGAACCUGAGUGGAGUAUGUGAACCUUUGAGGAAACUAACUCAUAAAGAUACAGCGUGGCGAUGGACCGAGGAACAACAGCUCGCGUUUGACACAAUGAAACAGUUAGUUGGCGAGAUAACGAUCUUUAAGUAUUACCAGCCUAGUGAAGAGCUUACUCUACAAUGUAAUGCAUCUGAAAAAGGCUUGGGAGCAGUUAUUUCCCAAAAUGGACAGCCGCUUGCGUUUGCAAGUAGAGCGUUCUCUCGAGCAGAAGUCAACUAUGCUCAGAUCGAGAAAGAGCUUCUGGCCGUGCUCUUUGGUUUGGAGAAAUUUCGCCAGUACACACACGGUCGGUCGUCCAGUGCAAGUCCAAUCUGA